UACACGAUUCGGCUUUUAUUUCCAUCUCAUGCGACGAUCUAUCUGCCACCACCCCCAAUAAUCCUAUAAAUUUCAAUAGAGUAUUAAUCGCCACAAUUCAGGUGCACCGCGGAUGCCUGUUCCCAAAAUUGGGGGCCAACGGCCGCAGACGUGAAAAUCAUCGAUCUUGCCGCCCCGAGCCUUGUGGAAGUUUCUUCCAAUAUGUAUUAUUCUACCAGCGCUACGCAAAUUCUUGAGUUUUCUCUGCUUGAUAACGAGAGAUUUCAUCCGAGAUCCACCUUUGAUUCAUGAAUUCCAUAGACGAGAUGGAUGCCCCCAUUGACGUCGUGGUGAACUGGACUGCACCGGCCUUCACCAACCUGAACUUCACCCACUGCAAUACCUCGGCUAAGUUCUAUGCUGGCUACAUCAGCGCCUUUUCUGACGGAAAUAUCACUGACGACCUAUCUAACACCCAAGACCUACCCGCGUUCGCCGAUGUGCUUAGGUUCCUCCGACACGUAGUUCCUGAGGACUGGAUGGACCCUCCGCCAGACUGGAAUCAGUUGGCCGCAUGGUAUUUCGGUGUCUGGGACAAUUCAUCAUACAUCAACAACACGGAGUGGAAUCAAGUUUGGUACGAUUUACAUAUAUUUGUCUUAGACACCUGUCGGGAUGAUUUCUGUGAUAAUCUGGAUGUCAAAGGUGACGCUGACGUGACGGGCACUGGGAUGAUGGGAUCCUACUAUACGCUGGCCAUCCUAUCGACCAUCUACUUCACUGUCAUCACCAUGAACCAAUUUGGCUUCGUUUACUGGCUUCCUGGACGAACCAUAGCUGCUUUUACAGGAUCCGUCGAGACGUUUCUAGACUCGGCCCUCGUGUUCGCCGUCUCCAUGGCCGCUUCCACAAUCUUCCGAUAUGCCGCGCUCGAUCACGUAGCCAACGAGGACGAUCUUUCGUCAUACCGCCUGAUUGGUUCCAUCUUCAUGUGCCUGUUCGCCGUGUUUCCCUGUCUGGCUCUUCAGACCGUAGCCGAAGGUCUUCGCGACCGCACCCUCCGGCAUGCGCUUUGGUUUACUCUCGUAGCCUUGAACAUCACGGCGGGGAUAAAGUACCAGAAUAAGUACAAGAUCGAGUUCUUCAAGAAGAUUGAUACGCUUUCCGAAUCAAGUAACUCGAUGCAAACACCGGGUAUCCUUCGGGAAUUUGUGUGGUUGGCGGCCUGCGACGACCGCCAUCAGCUAGCACAGAUCCGACAGAGCAUUACGGCAAGCCACGUCGUCUUGGGUAUGCACCUCGGCUGGCUACUGUACUAUUUCAUGGACAGUCCGAAGCGUAUACGCAACUAUCUGAAAUCCCGACUCGAGACCUUCCAAAUCUUCAACCUCCGUGGCCCCCAAAUGAAGUACCACUGGAAAGCCGGGAUGCCUAUUCUGGGUCUCGUUGACGGGACUGUCUGUUGCAUCAUGAUGUGGUACAUGAUCGUAAUCUUCACCGUCUACAGGCAAUACGUCCGUAAUCGAGCGCACAGCUCUAACGAGGACGGGAACUGGACAUUCGGUCAAACGCUUUCGCUGGUCACUUGGGUGCCGGUUCUACUCGAAUGGCUCGAUAUUAUUAUACGUGAUCCCAAGGAUUGUGGCGAAGCCGUUCCCAUCAAAGACGUAAGGGCAGAAGGCGUGAUAUAUGAGGCGCCCAGAUCUUACCAACACGGCAUGGAACUUGACGAUAUGACCGAAGAAACAAGCCAUUACGAGUAUGGGAAACAAUUUACUGGAUAUCAGAGCCCUUUGCUGCAGACACAGGCACUGUUCGAUGAUACCCAUGAAAGUCGACGGGGAGGGUGUGGAUGAUGAUGCAUGGGACACAAUGGGAUUUUGUAUUUCAGAAGAUCAAGUAGUAGUUGGAGUGCUAGGUGAUCGUAUUGAGAUAUACCUCUUCAUCACCCAACGCUUGGCCUGCUUUUGCCUGGGUCAUUGCAGAUAACAGAAAAGCAUCGCUAUUGUAAGCUUGACUUCGAACAG